AUGGCACUUGUAACAAUUCGACGUACUCCAAGUGUGCAAACACCAAGGAAAACGGAUGAUGAUGAGAAAACUAGUGAAGCUAAUGAAGAUGACAUCGGAAAUCGCAUCAGCAAGAGUCUCAAUGAAUGCUACUUUGCGAACAAGGGCGCUGCGCUGGUGUUGGGCAGCACGGAGUAUGGGUGCGCGGAAAGCCGCCGCUUACCCGCGCCCCCGAUACCCCAGCCCGAUAUACACCACCAUCUGCGGGCGAUGUUCUACCUCGUACGCCCGGAGGAGACGCUCAAAAUGGCGGUGAAACUGGAGAGCGCCCACGCGGGUCGCACGCGUUAUCUGGUGGUAGUGUGCCGGAACGAUGAGGCGGCGUUACUCGGCAUCGACUGCAACGAGAGGAUCACCGUGGGGCUGGUAUUGCGAGUGCUCGCCGACACCUCCAUCAAGUUAGACGGCGACGGAGGGUUUAGCGUAUGUGUGUGCAACCGACAACACAUUUUCAAGCCUGUGUCUGUGCAAGCAAUGUGGUCGGCGCUGCAGACGCUGCACCGCGCCAGCGGGCGCGCGCGCGAGCUGAACCACUUCGCGGGCGGCGCGUCGCACGGUUGGUGCGCGUACUACGAGGCGCGCGUGGACUCCGACCGCUCCUGCCUCAACGAGUGGCACGCCAUGGACUGCCUCGAGUCGCGCCGCCCGCCCUCGCCGGACUCGCUCAGGCACAAACCAAGAGAAAGAGAUGAAACAGAACGUGUGAUACGUUGCACGCUAAAGGAGAUCAUGAUGACCGUGGAUUUGGAUGAAGUAACCAGCAAAGUUAUUCGAGGGAGGUUAGAGGACGAGCUCGAUAUGGAUCUGGCCGAGUACAAGUCAUUCAUCGACCAAGAGAUGCUAACGAUACUGGGACAAAUGGACGCACCAACGGAAAUAUUCGACCACGUGUAUCUCGGCUCCGAGUGGAACGCUAGCAACCUUGAAGAAUUGCAACGAAAUGGGGUUAGUCAUAUUUUAAAUGUAACAAGAGAGAUAGAUAAUUUUUUCCCCGGUAUGUUCGAUUACCUAAACAUAAGAGUGUACGACGACGAAAAGACUGAUCUUUUGAAACACUGGGAUAACACAUUUAAAUAUAUUAGUAAAGCGAGGAAUGAGGGGUCAAAAGUGCUUGUGCAUUGUAAAAUGGGGAUCAGCCGAUCAGCUUCUGUUGUUAUUGCUUAUGCUAUGAAAGCGUUCAAUUGGAAUUUUGAUAAGGCUUUAAAGCAUGUCAAAGCAAAAAGAAAUUGUAUUAAACCUAAUACUAAUUUUCUUAGUCAGCUUGAGACGUACCAAGGGAUACUGCAAGCAAUGAAGAAUAAGGAGAAAUUACAAAGGUCUAAAUCAGAAACUAAUUUAAAAUCCCCUAAAACUGCCUCAAAGAUAGAAAAUAAGAUUAUGGAUCCUACGCCUUUAGUUUUAGCUCUAACGGGAUCAUAUUCAGGACGACCUAGGUCGUGGUCCCCAGACACUAAACUCGCUUCUGAACUUUUGCCACCGACUUCAGUCUCACUAGAGAAUUUAGCGUCCGAAACACGCCAUAUGCUAAUGCCUUGCGCCAACGGAAGCUAUAGCGUAUCACCAAAUCAAAUUAUAAGAUUAAAAGAAGAAAAGGAAGAAACGGCUCUAUCAGUUAAGCAUAUUGUUAAUGAAAUAGAAAGUGCAGCCUCGAUAGAUCGAAGAGAUAUCAGCAGACGAUAUCAAAGAUUAAAUUUUGGUAACCCUAAUGAGGCGCUCAGUAGCAGAUCGCCGGAGGGAUCGAUCGGGUUGCCAGCUCAAAUAGUCGAUAUAACUGGCAAGCAAUCACAGGCGUCGCCAUUGCGAAAUUUAGGUGACAAGUGCUCUCAUUCAGACGUCGAAGCCGAUAAGAUACAUACGUGGGAUCCUGGGGAAGCCCCAUGGUCUAGAGGUGAUGAAAGUAGGAACGGUAACGAUAGUGAUAAUAUAAUGAAAAGUGACAGUGGUAUAAUAGACGUUAAGAUGAAAACAAGUGACGCUUUCUCAAAUUUUAUAGACCGUAAUAUAGACUGCGACGACAGGAGGAUUAACGAGGACGAUGUGCCGCCCCCUAGCAGACAGAGUUCCUGGAGUUCCUUCGACAGCGCAGUAGUGCCCGAUCUCUCGCGACACUCGUCGUGGGGCUCGUACGACACCAGAUCGGCCCGGCCGCAGGUGGUGAUCCGCGAGGAUCCUGUCAAAAAGAGCAAAGACAGGGGUGACGAGCGAAGCGAAAAGAGUGUUGAUUCGAUCCCGCCGCCCAAAUCGGGUUCUGACCUUGGUAUCAUCAGCGAGCACAGCGAGCCCAGAGGUGCGCGGCGUGGCGGGCCGCGGGAGCCGGACAUUUCGGCCAACGAGAGGAAGUUCAACGAAACGUGUGCCAUACUGAAGGAGCUGGCGCGCAUGGAGCGCGCGCGCGACCGCGGCGCGUCCACGUGGGGCGGACGGCUGUCGGCGUCCGCGCCCGCCGACACGUGGCUGCGCGCCGCGCCGCGCCGUCGCCGCCUCGCCGCCGCCUCGCACCCCGACCUGCCGCGCGCCGCGCCCGCCGCGACCGCCGCGCAACCCCGCGCCCGCCGGCCUCGUCAGCAACCUCAAGAAGGAAUUCGAGGCGAGGCUGGAGGGCGAACCGGCGCGGCGCGGCGAGACGCGCGGCCGCGCGGGCGCGUCGCCGCCGCUCGGCGAGGCCUCCUCCGUGAAGGUGCUGGUGGGGCGCUACGACCGGCCGGGCCGGCCGAUCGAAUCGCUGUCCAAGAAGUGCCGGCUGACGGAGGGCGGCGCGCGCGCUCUGCGCAACUCGUUCUGCGCGGGUGA